UGAGCGUUCUCAAAAGAAAGAGCUAUGGACGUGACUAUCUUAUCCUACCUUUCUAAUUUGUUGAACGAUACAGUUGAUCUAAACAGCUCUAUUUUUUUAAAUGAUACAGUUGAUCUAAAUGUUUCAGCAUCGUUGAAUGAAACCGUGGAUCCAGUGUGCAAUAAUUACGGGAAUUGGCGCGAUCCGCUGGUUCUGAUUGAAUUAUGCUUUAUGAGUUUUAUUGUUGUUCUAAACACAGCCGGUUUAGUCAGCCUUCUAUGCCGCGGACGAGUCAACGCUUCCUUUAAUAUUUACAUCGCCAACCUCCUCCUAGCAAACGUGACCUUUGCUGUAGUCGAAAAUCCUUUGGAUCUAUUGUUCGGUCUUUCGUGUGACCGGUGGAUAAUUGGCAGCGCAGCAUGUGACCUUUUCCUGUAUUGUAACUAUGUCAUCACCGCCUGGGCAAUGCACGCCCACGUACUAAUCACCGUCAACCGGUUAUGGGCGGUGAUCUAUCCCUAUAGUUACCGAAGACUCCACACGGUUAAAAUUGCUGUUAUUCUCUGUGUUGGUGCGCUGGUUUAUGUUCAUAUGUGGAGCGUACCCGGGAUCGUAAUGGAUUCGAUUUUCUAUCGAGACUCCUUGGAAAAACUAGAGUGUGAGUUAAAUGUGGAUCCCCAAAGAAGCUGGGUGAUGCUUUUGCAGAUUUGUGUCUACCUUGCGCCGAUUGCUUUUGUUGGAGUAUCAUACGGAUUCAUUGGAUAUAAGCACAGACAACGCCUUAAGGUCAAGCAGGCUGGACGAACUGUAUCGGGUCUUCCGUCUAGUAAAGUUCACCGACCGACCGCUAACGACGUUGCUCGUGGCAGCGGUGUUGCCAUUACCAGUGCCGACGUCAGAGCCAAAGAGCGCAAUCUGAGUGCUCAGGCAUUUGUCACUUUAACGCUUCUGACAUCCAGCCUGCUGAUUACAUGGACACCUUACGAAGUGUUGCAGAUGAUUUCAUUCACCCUGCAAGAUUUUAAACCCCCAGAUGAACUGAGUGAAUGUCUGGAUAUUUUAUGGACGCUGCAAGCGGUCUUGGAUCCUUUGUUGUCGACCCAUCUUUUAGCCGAUCUACGAGGUUUGUACUCUCUGAUCCACUCAAAGACUAUUCGCCGCUGACGCACAUCCACACUGACUCCAUCGUAUCCAUAAAGCCGCUCCUUGCUACUUUCCGAUUAAACGAGAGAACGACCAAUGUGGGUUUUGGGCUUUUUACUCAUUGACAACCUAUGACACGAAGGGCUUUUUCCCUAAGUAGUCGCCGUUGCUUAUACUUAUCCGCGGUUGUACCAUGAUAAUUAUGGUACAUUGAUGAUCGAUAGUCGAUACGCAACAUCAUUGUUAGUGCACCAGCUCUUGUUAUCCGUAAACGGCGGUUAA